UCCCAGCAAAGAAAACACACUAUCACACCAUCAAAUCCACGCACAAGAGCUUCGGAAAAUGGACCUAAAAAAAUCCACCCUCAACCAGGCCGAGGUUUCACUAUUACUGGCAAAACACGUUAUCACCGCCCAUGCGAAAGACGCCAACGUCGUAAUCUCGCCGCUGUCGAUUCAGGUUUUGUUGGGCAUGAUUGCCAACGGGUCGAAUGGCCCGACCCGAGACCAGCUACUGGGCUUUCUCAAGUCCAAGUCCACCCAAGAACUCAACUUGCUCUCGUCUGAGGUGUUGACUAGGGUUUUUGCUGAUGGUGAGCCGCUUGGUGGGCCCCGUUUGUCCCUAGCCAACAGCGUUUGGGUUGAUCGAAGUCUGACACUGAAGCCCGCCUUCAGAGAUAUUGUCCACAACAUUUACGUGGCUGCUUCCGAUCAUGUUGAUUUUCAGACUAAGGUUAGUUUCUGUGCGGAUUGGUAG